AUGCCGAUGCUCAAGGAGCCGUGGAAGAAAUACAAGGCGUUCAAGCCGCUGAAUCUGCCGGAUCGCACGUGGCCGAGCAAGACGAUUGAGAGGCCGCCGCGCUGGCUGUCGACGGAUUUGAGGGAUGGGAAUCAGAGUUUGGUAGAUCCCAUGGACGGCACACAAAAAUGGGAGUACUUCCAGAUGCUCGUCAAGCUCGGAUACAAGGAAAUCGAAGUGUCGUUCCCGUCAGCAUCGCAAACCGACUUCGACUUCACACAGCGCCUGAUCCAGACGCCCGGCAUAGUCCCUGAUGAUGUCUGGGUCCAGGUCCUGUCGCCGUGCCGCAAGGAGCUGAUUCGCCGCACCGUCGACUCGCUCAAGGGCGCGAGGAAGGCUAUCCUCCAUCUGUACCUCGCCACGAGCCCGUGUUUCCAGCAGAUUGUCUUCAACAUGAAUGACGAGGAGACGAUUGCGUUGGCAGUCGAGUGCACAAAGUACGCGCGCGAGAUUACAAAGGACGACCCCGAGCAGGCAGGGACAGAGUGGACGUACGAGUUCUCCCCGGAGACGUUCUCGGACUCGUCGCCUGAGUUUGCGCUGCAGGUGUGUGAGGCGGUUAAGAAGGCGUGGGAGCCCAGUGUUGAGAAGCCGAUUAUCUUCAACCUGCCUGCGACUGUCGAGAUGGCGACGCCAAAUGUGUACGCCGAUCAGAUUGAGUACUUCUGCAAAAAUAUCUCCGAGCGGGAGAAGAUCUGCGUGUCUCUUCAUCCACACAACGACCGUGGCUGCGCAGUCGCGGCAGCUGAACUGGCGCAGAUGGCUGGUGCGGACCGUGUAGAGGGCACGCUCUUUGGCAACGGCGAGAGGACAGGAAAUGUUGACCUCGUGACUCUGGGUCUCAAUCUCUACACACAAGGUGUUCACCCCGGCAUCGACUUCUCGGACCUCAAAUCCAUCAUCGACAUGGUCGAGACGUGCAACAAAAUCCCCAUCCACCCCCGCGCCCCCUACGGCGGCCAGCUCGUCGUCUGCGCAUUCAGCGGCUCCCACCAAGACGCCAUCAAGAAAGGUUUCGCAAAGCGCAAAGCCGACGGCGCAACAAACGAGUCCUACUGGCAAAUCCCCUACCUCCCCCUCGACCCCCAAGACAUCGGCCGCACAUACGAAGCCAUCAUCCGCGUCAACUCGCAGAGCGGAAAGGGUGGUGUGGCCUGGAUCAUCCAGCGGCAGCUCGAACUCGACCUCCCGCGGGGCCUUCAAAUCGCCUUCUCCAAAGUCGUCCAGCGCGAAACAGACAUGUUGGGCCGCGAACUGCUCCCCACGGAGAUCACAAAACUCUUCGAGGAAGCAUACCAUCUACGCCGCAACCCGCGCUUCUCCCUCGUCGACUACGAAAUCACAACCGACCGCUCGAAAUCCCCCGCGCCGCUACAGGACGGCAAGACGGCCAGCAGCCGCAAUUUGCGCCGUAUCUUCAAGGGUGUUAUUGAAAUUGAUGGCGCGGAGCAUACGAUUCGCGGGUCGGGCAAUGGCGCUAUUUCGUCGUUGGCAGAUGCGUUGCGGGGUCUGGGCAUCGAGCUUGAUGUCGUGGAUUACAAUGAGCACACUAUCGGCACGAGCAAGGAUGCAAAGGCCGCCACGUACAUUGGGUGUACGGCCGCGGGCAGCAGUACGAAAGUGUGGGGCGUGGGUAUCCAUCAUGAUGUCGUGCAGGCUAGUUUGAUUGCGCUGUUGAGUGCUGCGAGUUCGUUCCUCUCCUCGCGGCCAUCGACGCCCAUCCCCUUUCGUCCCAAGCGCUCUAAUACUGUAGAGAUCCCGAGCCCGGAGUCGAGUCCCACACAUAAGGCGACGCAGAGCGAGAAAGAGCGCGAGCCGUCUGUUGUGGAGAAAUUGGAGGCUGUUGUGAAUGGCGAGUAG